AUUGUCCAUCCAUCUGCAAGCAAGCAGUGCAAGCUCCAGUUGAUAGCCAAUAUCCACCAUAUAAUAAUAGAUCGGAUUCGGCUACAUGGCGAUCCUCGACCUCGACCUUGCCGUCAGUAAUAAUAAUAGUAGUAGUCAUUCCGAAGCUGAUGAGCAGCAGCGCCUCCGUCAAGACAAGGCCAGCGACGACCACCACCACCCGGCGGAGGUGGAGACGGAGGACCAGCUGCUCCUCAAGGGCGUGCGGCACUUGUGCGAGCGCGGCGGCGGCAUUGUUACCAGCCUGCCCGCCCGCUACGUCCUCCCGCCCUCCGACCGCCCAGCCUCCGAGGCUAAUCAUAAUCAUGGCCCCGCAUGCAUGAGCCUCCCAGUCAUCGACCUCGGCCGCCUGCGCGUGCCCGCAGAACGCGCCGCCGCCCUGGCCGAGCUGGACGCGGCCUGCAGGGAGUACGGGUUCUUCCAGGUGGUGAACCACGGCGUGGACGUGGACACCGUGCGCGGGAUGCUGGACGUGGCGCGGCGCUUCUUCGAGCUGCCCUUCGCGGAGCGCGCGCGCUACAUGUCCUCCGACAUCCGCUCCCCGGUGCGCUACGGCACCAGCUUCAACCAACUCAACGACGGCGUCCUCUGCUGGCGGGACUUCCUGAAGCUCGUCUGCCACAACCUCGCCGACGUCGUCCCGUCAUGGCCCGACGCGCCCAUCGACCUCAGGGAGGCGGUGUCGGCGUACGCGCGGUCGAGCCAGCGGCUGUUCAAGGAGCUCAUGGAGGCGGCGCUCCAGGCGCUGGGCAUCCGCCAUGGAGGAGGCGAGGCCAUCUUGAACGAUUGCGACGCCGGGUCGCAGAUGCUCAUCGCCAACUGCUUCCCGGCGUGCCCGCAGCCGGACCUCACGCUGGGGAUGCCGCCGCACUCGGACUACGGCUUCCUCACCGUCCUCCUGCAGGACCAGGUGAAGGGCCUCGAGGUCAGGCACGCUGACAGGUGGAUCCUCGUCGACCCCCUGCCGGGCUCCCUCGUCGUCAACAUCGGAGACCACUUCGAGAUCUACAGCAACGGGAGGUACAAGAGCGUGCUUCACCGGGUGCGCGUCAACUCGUCGAGGUCGCGCAUCUCGGUGGCGUCGCUGCACAGCCUGCCGCCGGAGAGGGUGAUCGGGCCGGCGGCGGAGCUGGUGGACGAGGAGAAGAACCCACGGAGGUACAUGGACACGGACUUCGCCACCUUCCUCGACUUCCUGGCCUCCGCCGAGGGCAAGCACAAGUCCUUCCUCCAGUCCAGGAGGAUCACAAUGAUUCACACCGAUGACGGCCCCUCUCCCCUCCAGCCACAAUGAUUCCAUCCCAAACACAUUGUCAAUUUUAGCUAGCUCUGCGACUGUCGUGGAAAUUGACGCACCCUGUGAUGGCACUGGAUGAGGCAUUGUUCCACUGCAACUAUUCACAAAUAAAACACAUAAAGGAGUGUUUUUUC